AUGGUGGUUCGAAACAAUCUGGUGGAUUGUGGUAAAAAGGAAUUUGCUGUGGAAUCUGGGGGUUUAGGGAAGAAAAUUGGGGGCUUAGUUAUGCACUGGGAUAGCGACCAUUACAGGAAGAAACUCAAAAAGUUGUGUGGUAACAUCAUAACACACUGUCAGGACUUGAUAACCCAGAAGGUGGAAAGCAAAACAGAUUACCAUGAUACUUAUAUCAAAGAGCUGCUGAACAAGAUUGAUGAAAUGUUGCAACAACACAAGAAUGUAAAAAUCAAUGAGGAAUGUGAGGUUUCUCUGAAGCUACACAUCUGUGGCAGAGCAGCCGGAGAGUUUCAGAAGAUGCAUGAUAAUUUAAUUGAAGUCAAUGAAAAAAAUAAAAAUAAAAAUGACCCAAAGAAGUGUCUGGAACCGUCUAAGAACAAGUACCUUACUGAGUUCAGAGACGUAUUUCAUAACCGAGACCAGUGCCAAAAGAAAGCUGAGGACUUCACAAAGCUCUGUUUGCAGCCAGCUGUACAGGACUAUGUGACCAAAAUGAUUGGUCCUGAUGUAGUUGAUGAAGUGAAGAUCGGUAAAGGGUCAGAGGAUUACAGCACACGGACGGCCUUCCAGUUCUCCAUUUUGAAACAGCUCCUGGCUGAUGGAAAAUAUGAGAAAUAUAAAGAGUACAUUAGUCAUUAUGAAAGGUUUGUGAAGGACUGGCUGUUUGACCAGAUUGGCCAACAACAGUCAAAGGACCGCGGUCUGGAGAAAUUGGAGAAGAAACAUCUUUCAGAGAUGGUCAAGAUGAUCACUUACACAAUCUCUAACAUCAGUGAAACUACUGGCAUAAAACAUGUAAAUGAUGUCAAGACAUUCAUUCAGAACAUCUGCAGCGCCCUUGAAGAGAAGCUGGUCCUCAAGGACGCUCUGGAUUCCAUCUUGAUUUUGAACACCGCAGACACAAAACAGUUUGCUGUCUACCUCACAGAGUGUGUGAGAGAAAUGGAGCAGUCACUGACAGCUACGUAUGACAUAGGAGGAGACAUCAAAGAGAGACUCAGAUCUCUUCCAUUCAAGCCUCACGACGAGAUGUUCACCAGUCUGUUUGGCUGUGGGAAGCAAUGUCCCUUCUGUGGUGUGCCUUGUGAAGCAGGGGGGAUAGAGCACAACAAACACCAUUCCUCCAUUCACCGUUCACAAGGUAUCUGUGGUUAUAGGGAUACUUAUUCACAGAAAUUAGUAAUUGAGAUAUGUUCAUCUCUUGUGGUUAGUUGCAAAGCAGCAUUCUCCAAUGCUGUGACUGGAGAAAAGGUUCACCCCUACAAGGACUACCAGACAUAUUACCCUGAUUGGACCAUAACUGGUGAUGCCAGCGUGGAGGCGUCAGACUACUGGAAGUAUGUGAUGGCCACAUUCCAUGAGAGAAUCGCUAAAGAAGUAAAUGCACUUCCUGCUGAUAUCCCAGGGGACUGGAAGGCGUUAACACCUGAUGAUGCAAUGAGAAGCUUAAAAAUGUCAUUCAACAUGAAAUGA